AUACAAGAGCUGAUGUCGUCGACAUGCAUACCCCAGUACAUCGGGAGAGGGAAUAACAACAGAGGGCUGACUCACACGGGAUACAGGGUUGAGCGAGUCUUCCGGGUUGAAAACUUGAACUUCUGGUCCGCCUAUGCCCUCCAGCGACAAGCAACAGCCUCUCUACCGAUGCAGCUGGGCAAACGCCAUCCCAAGAGCAAAGUGGCCACGUGGAGAGACUGGAUGAAGAAGGAGCUCGCGUGCGACAGAGCGAGCAACGAGGUGUUCCUCUUCCAUGGCACCAAGCCAGAUAUCGUCGAUGCCAUCUUGACUGCGGGGCUAGACGAGCGCGUCUGCAGUCUCAGCGGCUUGUUCGGAGCUGGGAUAUACUUGGCGGAGAACUCGAGCAAGAGCGACGAGUACUGCAGGCCCGACCGCAACGGUCUCUGCCACAUGUUCCUAGUUCGAGCCCUGCUGGGCACGCCGUAUGAGGCUGUGCAGCCGAUGAACAACGCGAGGCGACCGCCGAUGAUGGCAGACCAUCGGGUGUUUGACUCGGUCAUCGGAGUCACGACCGCGACGCACCCCGGAGCCCGCCUGCUCAUGUACCGCGAGUUCAUAGUCUACGACCGACGGCAGACCUACCCUGAAUUCCUCGUCGAGUUUCUGCGC